CCUAGCCCGAGCAAGUCAGAAAAAAAAGUUGCAGCGGAAAUGGUCAUCUCUAGAUAGAUUUAAUCAAGUCUGUUUCGCCUAGUUAGCAGGCAUUGUGGUUGUCAUGUCCGACGUGACAUAUUAGAUUAUUAGAUCUACAUUUUUAAAUUAUAGUGCUGAUUUAGAAUCUAUAUAGAUCUUGAUCUAUAUUUUUUUUCGUAUGACCUAAGUCGGUCUUUUCAAGCAUUUUGUUCUAAAAGCAUUUCUAAAUGGCAAUUUGUGUAAGUAAUCCUGCUGAUCCUUACUUAAGAAAUGUAACACCGCUUUUGGAGAAUUACUGCAAAAUGAUACAAGAAAUAACAGACCAACCAUUAAAUCUUCAGCUUCAAGAACGUGUCUUGCACGUUGAGAUAUCUUUUGGAACUGAUUUUGUUAAAGUUGAAACAUUUAAUGCUAUAUCAAGGACACAGAGACCAUCUUUCAGUUCUACUUCCACAACACAAGCUUUGUCUAUACUGGAAAUAGCAGCGAUCUAUACAGAGAAAUUGGGAAAUGUUCUAGAAAAAUAUUUCAAAUUUCAAAGUGAUUCGAACAACACAGAGCUGUCAAGGAAAAUUAAAAAGCUUAAAGAAUUGAGUGAUGGAAUUAAUGUUUUUUUAGAACUAAUUGAAAAAAUAAUUGAGCAUUACAACCUUAUGUCUGUAGGAUAUUCUGUAAAUGCAGAAGCACUCCCAAGUUUGGAUGACCUUAAGAAUAAAAAAGAACAGGUUUGUUCGAUAAAGAAAAAGCUUGAGAUAACAGAACUUCACCAAAUAUUUUCAGAUUAUAAAGAUGACUUUAUCGUAUCAGAUGCCACAAUUUUAUGCUCGCUUUUGAGUUUGCACAAGGACUAUCAUAUUUUUCUUGACACUCUGAAAGAUGAAAAAGAAGAGCAUUGUGAUGAUUUUACUUUCAUAUUGAUGCGUUUAAAAGCACGAGAACAGGAUAUAGAAUAUGAUCCUACAGAUAAAGGCUUUGUGGGAUUGUGUACAAAUUUAAUCAGUCUAGGAUUCACCCAAAUGUGUGCUGAGGCUAUAGCAAAAAAACAUACCCCCUGAGUUGAUUGACCUUCAGAUGCCUUCAUAUUGGGCAGAGAGAUUUUUGAAAAAUGUAUUAGUGUAUCAUCCGCUUUUAUUUAAUAAUUCAAGAUAUCCCUAUUCAGAAAAUAGAAAGGAUGAAUGGUUCCAAGAAGAAAUUUCAACAGACAAACGAGAUGAACCCAACGAGGACAUCCUGUCAUUCCAAAUUAAAAUGCUUAAUUGCACCUCAGGAAAUAAAAAAUUGGUCGAAGAUUUUCUGAAAAACGUCAAAGACGAGGACAAAGAUAGUUUAUUAUUAUUUCAUGGAACAACACAUGCUGAAGCUGAGUCUAUUCUGACAUCAGGUAUCAUACUCUCAGCAGGCAAAAAAGGUCAAGACUUCUCAAGUGGGGAUGGAUUCUAUUUGUCAGAGAACCUCGAAGAUGCUGACAAAUGGAGUGGAGCAGCCAGGGGAGAGCACAAAGCUGUUGUUGCAUUUAAAGUUAAAAAGGAAUUGCUGGAUCCAAGUAAAGAACAUGGACUGGACCUUACAGGAGAUCAAGAAACGUGGCAGAGUGUCGUCAAGCUUUGUCGAAAUCAUUAUAACGACAAGAAAGCAAAAGCAAAGCUCUUAAAAAAUGUCUCAUUUAUCAGAGGUCAUACGUGCUUGAAUCCAAUUGAUUUUGCUCAAGGUAGUAAAAGCAAUGCUGAGGGUUUUGGUCGAAGUGAAAUACAGAUCUGUAUCAGAAGUGAAGAUUACUCUGUUAAAUUUGCAAGUUUAAAAAAUAUCUCUUGUGUGAUUUUUUAUUAGAAUGAUUUUCUAAAUAUAUAAACAUGCUGAAACCUUUGCUCAUAGACUAUAUACCUAUCACUAAUUAGUUCACUUGUAGUUGGAAUGUUACCAAAAUGUAUCUUAAAAAAAAAAUUGUGAUGUCUCAUUUUCAGGAUGGAAACAUUAUGUAUACUUUUAAAAAUCUAUUUUUGCACUUCGUCCUUAGAACGUUGAGAAACAAAUGUAUGCUAAGUAAUAUUUUUAAUCAGCGGGCAGAGAUGUAAUUAAUGGGAAGAUAUAGCUCUAGUCCGUUGUAUGGAGAAAUAAGAGGUAACGAUAGUAUAUAUUGAAAACUAUAGAUGAAGAUGAUACAAAUAAAAGGCGCUUCCAGGUUUGAAAUAAUAUCAUGCAUAUUUUUUUUUAUCUUGUUAUAAAUGUAUUACCGGUACUAAUUUUGGAUUUUUACAUAUAUUAACAGUAAAGUAAUUAAUAAUAAUCAUUAGUCUCUCAACUAUUUUUUUACAUAUUUUGAAAUGCUAUACAAAUAUUAUAUUGUGAUCUUAACGAGACGAAUGCACCAUAUUUUAAAGUACAUAAUUGACCUUUCUUAUUAUUAGUAAAAUGAACAACUUUAAUGAACAUAUUCAGAGAAAUUAUUUUUUUUAGAAAUCUUAUAUAUGUAAAUGAAAUAGAUCAUCUUGUUUAUUCAUAUGCUAACAACCAAAUACUAAAUAAAUAAACAAAUUGUCAUGUGUAGUUUUGAUCAAAUGAAUCAAUAAAAUAUUUCCAAACAAAUUA